AGCUUCCUCUUCUGUGUAUUAUCAUUUUCACGGACUCCUUGCUGGUUGUUGUUUAGCACUUCUUCUCGCAGACUUCGUGCUCGCACGCGCCUACCAGUUACCCUUGUUCACAACCAUAAAAUAGGCAAAAGAAAAAAAUGUACAGUUUAAGAGGAUGGAGAUGGUUUUGAACAGAAAAUUUAUUUGUUUAUGUGUAAUUUGUUCUGUGUAGAGCGAAAGGACUUGUUUUUAAAACGAAGGUGUAAACAAUGGAUUGAGCAAAGAACGAAAUUUAUCCAUAUUUUUUUUCAAAGUUACUAGUUCUUGUGUUUUGGCUUAAACACGGCUAAGAUUCUGUCGUUAUGUUUUCAUAAAUUUAGUCUUCAAACUUUUAAAAAACGCAACUUUAGUCUCUCUUACUUUCAAAAACAUGAUUAUAUUUUAGAAUGAAGAGACUAUAAUGACCUGUUUAGUGAAAGUUUUCCUCCUCUGACCUGUGUUCAAUGUUCAAUAUCUGGUUAAAAGCUGUGUUCAAACAUAUCUAGAGGAUAAAUAUGGAAAAAGGAAGGGUUAACAUUGCUAAUAUGCUAUAAAUGGGAUUGUGGGAUAGUUGCUUCCUAGUUUAAUAAAAUAUCAUCAUUUUGAAGUUAACAAUGCGAACAAUAUAUAUAUUAAGUAGAGUAGUAAUUUAUGGUGAUUUGCUUCUCAUACUGAAAAUAAAGCCUAUUAAAGUUUAGAAUGUUAUUUUUAGUGAAUAUGCAAGUGUUUUUGGUAAGGUAUUUCAAGGUAAAAUGUGGUAUGAGUGAGCAGAAUCCUGUAAGAGAAUUAUGGCCGAACAUGGGAUAACAGAAGGAAGACCAGCCAAAAAUGGCAAAAGCUAUAACUGAUUCAAACUAAGCAAAAGGUGGCAGAGAGAAAUGCAUUGAUUGAGAAAAACAUAGGUCCUCCUUUGUAGGAGACCAUUGAGGAAUAACAGCAAAACCUCCUUUCGUAUUAUGGACUUUUUAGCAUGCAACACGUUUCCCUUUUUCUUUCUGUUGACAACCCCUGUUUUCUUCCAAUCAGGUACAUUUCUUCCUUGAGAAACAAAACACUUCUACCUACGACACUUCAAUCCCAUAAUCUAGGAACACAAAUUCCAUUAGUAAUUCAAGAUAGAAACACCAAUAAACAUAGUAGUAACCUGGUUUUGACCUUUGUGGGUCCAACCGUUUGUAGGUGGUGUUUCCGGCAACGUGCUCUUCUGGAUACAAAUCUUUGGCCGGAAACGAUAAUUAAGUCCUUCAUGUGAAUUCUGAGAUACAGUAACAAUGUCUUCCUCUCCCAACAACAGUUCUCCAGAUAAUGCAACACCUGAUGAUUCCACGCCAGACGACAGCACCCCUGACAACAGCACCCCUGAUGACGCUGACAACUCAUCUUCACCACCAUCAAAUUCAUCACCGCCACCAUCACCACCGCCACCAUCAUCACCGCCACCAUCAUCACCGCCACCAUCAUCACCGCCACCAUCAUCACCGCCACCAUCAUCGCCUCCACCUUCAUCGCCUCCACCUUCAUCGCCACCUCCAUCUCCACCACAAUCAUCUUCAUCUCCAUCUCCGCCAACCCCAUCAGAAAAGUCCUCUCCUUCCCCUCCAACAUCAACCAACCAAAGCCCGCCAUCACCCAAUACUUCCCCACAGACACCUUCUCCACCCGCUUCAUCACACUCUCCUCCCUCCUUUAAAUCACCCACUCCUCCACACAAAUCAUUGCAACCUGCUUCAAAAAACAGUGGCAGUGACAGUGGCGGUAGUGGUAAACAUGGAAACAGCGAUAGCAGUGAUCGUGACAGCCACGAUAACAGUAAAGCCAUAGUUGGAGCAGUGCUUGGGGUGGGGAGCGUGCUUCUUGUUUUGGUCAUCGUCUGCGUUAUCUGUUCCAGGAAGAAGAAAAAGAAGAGAAUGUACUAUUACGGAGAGCAAUCAUUCGGAAAAGGGAAUAACAACUAUUACAAUAGUGGGCAACACCAGGGUUAUUACGGAGGUCCACACGGGGACCAUGUUGUGAGGGUGCAAAACGGAAUGGUUCCCGGUGGCGGUGGUGGCGGUGGUGGGGGUGGUAGUGGGGCUGGUGGUGGGUGGGGUCCACCACCUCCUCCUAUGAUGCAUAGCGCUGAUAUGAGCUCCAACUACUCGACGGGACCACCCCCUUUGCCUCCUCCCUCACCAAACCUUGCUCUAGGCCUCAAAGGUGGCACCUUUACAUAUGAGGAACUAUCUGCUGCCACCAAUGGAUUCGCUGAUUCAAAGCUGAUAGGACAGGGUGGCUUCGGUUAUGUCCACAAGGGUGUGUUGCCUAACGGAAAGGAAGUGGCAGUUAAGAGUCUAAAAGCAGGAAGUGGACAGGGAGAACGGGAGUUCCAAGCUGAGAUUGACAUCAUCAGUCGUGUCCAUCAUCGCCAUCUUGUGUCACUCGUUGGAUACUCUAUUUCUGGUGGCCAGAGAAUGUUGGUCUACGAAUUUAUUCCCAAUAAAACCUUGGAAUAUCACCUUCAUGGAAAGGGAAGGCCUACAAUGGAUUGGCCUACCAGAAUGCGAAUUGCAAUAGGAUCAGCCAAAGGACUGGCUUAUCUUCAUGAAGAUUGUCAUCCUCGUAUAAUCCAUCGUGAUAUUAAAGCUGCGAAUGUCCUCAUUGAUGAUAGCUUCGAAGCAAAGGUUGCUGAUUUUGGAUUGGCUAAGUUGACCACCGAUAAUAAUACUCAUGUAUCAACUCGAGUCAUGGGAACUUUCGGGUACCUAGCCCCAGAAUAUGCAUCAAGUGGAAAAUUGACUGAGAAGUCUGACGUUUUCUCAUUUGGGGUCAUGCUAUUGGAACUCAUAACUGGUAGGCGACCUGUGGAUCACACAAGUGCCAUGGACGACAGCUUAGUAGAUUGGGCUCGACCACUACUGACUCGUGGAUUGGAAGAGGAUGGCAACUUUGGAGAGUUGGUUGAUCCAUUCUUGGAGGGAAACUACAAUCCUCAAGAAUUGGCUAGGAUGGCAGCUUGUGCUGCUGCUAGCAUUCGACAUUCUUCCAAGAAACGUCCAAAAAUGAGCCAGAUUGUAAGAAUAUUGGAAGGAGAUGUGUCGCUGGAUGAUUUGAAAGAUGGGAUGAAGGCAGGGCAUAGUACCGUUUUCAAUUCUUCAUCUGGGUCAGAUCAGUAUGAUACAAUGCAGUACAAUGCAGACAUGGAAAAGUUUAGAAAGGCAGUGUUCUCUAGCCAAGAUUUUGGCAUGAGCAGUGCUGGCUCUAGUAGUGAAGUGAGCCAGAAACAACGGCUUUAGAUUGCGGAACUGAUGAGAUUACUUACCAAUUGUAGCAGAAACCGAGUGACCAGUUACUGCAUUUUAUUGUUUGAUUGGCAUGCGUGCAUGGGAAGUGAGGUCUCAAUUUGUAGACAACUGAACUGAGCUUGGUGCCUUCAACCGUUUCACGGUGCGUUUGAUGAGGCCUAAGGUCAAUGUAAUGUUAUGUGGCUUGCAUCUUUUGUUCAAUGUUUUAUGUCCUUUGAUGUAAGAGCACAUGUAUGCAAUGGAGUCUUGAACAUAAAUAUAACCCUUAUCAUUGAUGCAAUGUUUCUUGUAUUUGUGUCACCCAGGUUGUGGUGACAGUAGGCCUUUCAAGUACUUAAUUCUUUUAUUUUAUUUUUCUUCUGUUUCUUUCAGGAAGGUAGUAGGCCUUAAAAAUAUAUUAUAUUGUUGUUUCUGAUAGAAGAAAUAUUCACUU